UUUCUCUCUCCGCCGCAACUUCCUCAAAUCGUCAUCACUUCCACCUCACCCAUUCACACCCUCCGUCUGUCUCUUUGACCUCACAUUCCUUCUCUAUACCGGCACUCUCACACAAUGUCCGCUCGCAAACCCCGACGCGCCUACUCCAACCAGAGCACCAACAACAUCAACAACCCGCGACACCAUCAACACCACCCAAGCCAAAGCGGCUUCGCCCAACCCUCCGACUACGACUCCGACUACCAAACCUAUCUCUCAGACACACAGCACCACCAACAACAGCAGCAGCAGCAGCAGCAGCAGCAACUUCCCAUCCACCCUCACCCUCACCCUCAGCACCCCCCACAACAACACCAACAACAACAACAACCACUACUCCCAAUGACAACCACCACGGCCCCCGCGCCGCCGCCCCUCCGCACCAACGAAGACCUCAACCUCUCCGUCCUCCGCCGCCACAACCCAACCAUCACCUCGAUCCUCUCGCUCGCGCAAUACGCCGUCGUCUACAUCUUCAGCCCCAGCACGCGCCAAUGGGAGAAAAGCGGCGUAGAGGGGACGCUGUUCGUGUGCCAACGCUCGCAGGGCGAGCUGGGCGAAGAGCGCUACAGCGUCUUCGUGCUGAACCGCCGCGGGCUCCACAACUUCGACCUCCCGCUCACCGACGGCGACAACGUCGAGAUCACCGAGGAGUAUAUAAUCCUCAAGUCUGAUCUCGCGCCGGAGGUGGUGGAGAAUGCUUCCAUCCCGGGCAUGGGGCCGCCAGCGAAUUCCACUGCUGCUGCGGCUGCUCCCGCUGCGAAGCCUUCGGGGACUGUUGGUGGGGGGGAUAUUCGGAUCUACGGAUUGUGGAUCUACAGUGAACCGCCGCCGAAUUCCACGGCCGAGACGCGCAGCAUCAACGCGCAGAUGAUCCGCGAGUGUGCGGUGCAUGCUGGGGAGAGCUUGAAGCUGGCCCGGGAGCGCGUGGAGGCGACGCGGCAGAAUGGGAUGCAUGUGGCGGCAGCGACGGCGGCGGCGGCGGCUACGACGGGCGCCCCGUUGGAGGAGGUGAGCACCAGUGUGGCGAUGGGGAGGCAGGUCUCGCUCAAGGAUCUGUUUGGGCAGCAGCGCGCCCAGGAUGAUGGGUGGAGUGUGCGCGCGCAUCAGAUUGCGCCCGCCGAUUGGCAGCAUGCGCCUCCGCCUCCGUCGCAGCCGGGCCCAGGGUCGGGUCCUGCGCAGGCUCCUCCGGUUGGAGCUGGAGCUGUGCCGGCACUGCAGCAGGAUGUCCUGGGGGAUUUGUUUCGGAGGGCCGGGCUGGCGUAUCAGGGGGGCCAGUGAGGUGUAUAUUUUGGGUGUGGAUAUGAGAGAGGAUACCCUUGGAUGAUGGUGGUAUGAUUAGCGCAUAUAGAAGGUUUGGUGUGCAUUGUUGAAAGACGUCCGUA